UCUAAUACUACAUGUAGUGCUCCGAGUGUGAGCCUACCUAGCUACGUCCCUCCCUGUGGUGGUGGCUGAGUUGGAACAGGGGAUGUUUCCAUCCUUUCACUCUGAUCCAUCUAUAAUUCAGCUGACCCGGCCGUAUCGGUGUCUCUUUCCUUUCCUCUGUAUAAUUGGCGUAUGAUGCAGGGAUGAAGAGGCUGAUGGAUGAAGAGGCUGAUUAACGGGUGGGAGAAAGGGGGAGCGAGAGAAAGGAGCUAUCACAACAGGUUGUUGUUGGUGGCAGAAAGAACAAGGGAACAACGAGGCAGAAGGAGUGGGUUAAUAGCCAAGCGGUUACUAUGUCGGGGGCGAACAGUGAUCAGUUACAUAGGUCUACAUUGUCUGUGUACGCGAACCUGAUGGAACAGUUCAACCCAGGCCUACAGACGCUAGUUACAUUAGGAAACAGCUAUGUCAAGGCUUUCCAAGCCUUGGCUGUUACCAGUGAGGCCUACUUUAGUGCUGUAGCGAAGAUGGGAGAACAGGCCCUUCACACACUCUCCUCUCGCUCACUUGGAGAUGUCCUGGUACAGAUAUCUGAGACGCAGAGAAGACUCACAGCUGAGAUGGAGGGAGUGAUUCGAUGGUUCCAGGUAGAAGUUUUACAGGCCAUGGAGAAGAAUGUCAAGUUGGAUGAAGAGUACAUUGACGGCAGUCGCAGGGUGUAUGAGCUGGAGGUGAGGAACCAGGCAGAAGCUCUGGAGAGACAGUUGAGAAGAGGAGCCUUCAGAGACUCACUGGAGCACAGUGAGUACAUGCAGUACCUGAGACAGAGUCAACAUGACAUUAUGAAGGAGGAGGAGAGGAGGUAUCGCUUCCUGGCAGAGAAACACUGCGGACUGACACAGUCACUGCUCUUCCUCAUCAACAAGACAGGGGCUUCCCUACAGCAGAAGGCUGAUGGAUGGAAGGAGAAAGUGAACGAGACACGAGGCUCCAGACCCCGUAGCCCCACCCACCCUGACCAGGAGGAACAGCUGUGUGGCUCAGUGAGCUCUCUGCUGCAGACAGUAGAUGAGGACAGAGACAUGUCUUGGGCCAGGAGAGAACAACAGGCCCUGGGGAGAGUGCCCUCUAGAGCCCCGUCCCCCCUCCACAGCCGAUCCCGCUCCUCCUCAGUGGGUGAGUCUCUGGGUCUGGGUGGGGGUAGGACCAUGAGAGCCCUGGUGUCCCACCCACCCUCCUCCAACCCCAAACUCCUACCCUUCACCCGGGGAGAGAUGGUCACCGUGUUGGUCCAGGAACCGAGGAAUGGGUGGCUGUAUGGGAGAACGGAUAGCAGCCUACGCCAGGGCUGGUUCCCAGCAGCUUAUGUUUCUUCUAUUGAGGAGUUCUCUAACCUCUUGGGUUCCAGUGGCACUUCCUUGAGGAGCCACAGCAUGAACAACCUGUUGGAUCCCUCUGACACCUCCAUGGGCCAAUCAGAAAAGGCCUACGGUGAUGUGGCGCCCCCUACCACACCCACUCGCAGGGCCUCCGUCGACUUCCGACCAAUCUCUCCCCUCCCUGAGAGGAGGGCGGAGCCAGAGAAUGUGACGAGAACAAAUAGCCUGAAAGGCUACAACGAGCUCCCGCCCCCUCCUCCUCCGCCCCCCGCCACCCCCUCACCCAACAACAAUGCUCCGGAGGGGGUCAGCUGACUUUCGACCAAUCCAGCCUACUUUCCCGGAGAGGACAGCAGAAUCAUUGUCACCCCUUGGAGCUUCUGGAGAAAACCUACUCUUUCCCAGGGGAACCAACCCCUUUGCGACAGUGAAGCUUAAACCAACAACCACCAAUGACAGAUCAGCACCCAGGACCCACUGACCAAUCAGCACAGAGAUGUCGACGUCAAGAAAAGCUGACGUCCUUGAGUUUGGCAUUGAGUCUAUUUUUAGAGAAAUGAUGUAGAUCAUCUAAUCGUGUAAAAAUAUAUAUUUAUUUGUACUAUUAUGCGAUUUAAGAAUAGCACUUUGUCACAUUGUUUGUGUGUUUCGAUAGAUUUUCCAAUGGUUUACUAAUGGUUCGAUCUAGGAUGCUUUUAUUGGGAAAUAGAUUUAUCGAAAUGAAUCGUCUCAUUUGUGCAUCCCUUGUUCUACAGUAUAUUAGUGUCCAGUCUAGUUUAUAUUAAAUCAUGAAAUAAUAACAAAUAAAAUAGUCAUUUUACUCAA